AUGAAGGCAGUGCUUGUAGCGAGCUGUUUGCUCGUUAUUCUUGGCAUAUCUUUAGCACGAGACCUCAGGGAGGAACGGUUCGAUGACCUACAGAUUGCAGCCUCGAACCACCACGAGAAAGGUGGCGGUAAAGAACAUCAUAAAAGUCACCACCACGGGCAUGGCGGCAAGGGCCAUAAAGGAUACAAGGGCCAUCACCACCACGAACAUGGGAAAAAAGGUCACCAAAAUCACGAAGGACACAAAGGAAACCAUGGUGAGCAUGGAGCUCACAAAAAGCAGCAUCACCACGACGAUGGCCACUACGUAAAGCACCAUCAUGGAGAAAAAGGAGAAAAGGGGCAUUCUUUCGAAGAAAAGGGCCAUUUUCAUAAAGGUCACUCAAUAAAGGGUCAUCAUGGACUACACAAAAUAGAUGAGUUUAAGAAAAAUAAAAAGUUCCAUGAGAAAUUUGGAGAGUCAGGAUUUGAAGAGGGAUACGGCGGUCACCAUGAUGAGCACGGGCACAAAAAGGGGGGCCACUUUGCUAAGGGGCAUAAGCACGGAGGCCACCAUGAACAUCAUCAUGGAAAAAAAGGGUCCCAUGAGAAGGGAGGACACCACCAUGAACACAAGGGACAUCAUGAUGAAGGCGGCCAUAAAGAGCAUCAUAGUCAUCACCACGAUAAUGGGAAGAAAGGAGAACAUGAAGUCCAGAAACAUUGGGGCUUUAAAAAAGAACAAUAA